GCCGCGCCGCAGCCCGCGGGCGCGGCCAGGAGGCUGCGGGGCUGCGGCUCCCCGGCUUCCCGCCCGCCUGCCAGGCGCGGCGCGGCGCGGCCCGGGGCUCUCCGCCUUUCCGCGGCGCUCCAUCUCCCCUCCGGCGAGAUGUUAUGGCCGAGCCGGCGCAGAAGGGCGGCGUAGGGCAGAGCGGGCGGCGGGAGGAUGAGGACGCGGCGGCGGCGGUGGCCGCCGCCCCCAGCUACGAGGACUACGAGUGCAAGAUCUGCUACAACUACUUCGACCUGGAGCGGCGGGCGCCCAAGCUGCUGGAGUGCCUGCACACCUUCUGCCAGGAGUGCCUGAGCCAGCUGCACCUGCGGGCCGCCCAGCAGCUCGCCGCCGCCGAGCCGGGGCCGGGGCCGGGGCCGGGGCCGGGGCCGGGGCGGGCGGCCGGCGGCUCCCUGGCCUGUCCGCUCUGCCGCCACCGCACGGCGCUGCCCGACCACCGCGUCCACGGCCUCCCCGUUAACACCAAGCUGGCCGCCGCCUGCCCGCCGCAACUGCGGGCCCGCGACCCGCUGCCCCAGGACAGCCUGCCGCCGCUGCCGCCCCGCCGCCCGCCCCGCGCUCGGGAGGCGGCGGCCGCCCUCGCCUCGCCGCCACCGCCCCACGCCCCCGCCGGCCGGGCCGGGCCGCGCUCCUCGGGCGGCGGCUACGAGAGCUGCCAGAGCUGCAAGCGGGCGGCGCUGAGCGCCGGCUGCGUGUGCGUCGUCGUCUCCUUCCUCUCCAUGGUGGUGCUGCUCUUCACCGGCCUCAUCUUCGUCAACCAAUACGGCGGCGACGCCGGGUCCGGCGCCUCGGCCUCGCCGUCGCCGGUGGGGCCCAUCUGCCUGUCGGUGGCCAGCAUCCUCGCCCUCUUCUCCGUCGUCGUCACAUGGCUCAUCUGCUGGCUCAAGUACCGGCCCGAGGCGGCGGCGAGCGGCAACGGCACCCCGCGUGGCCGGGCGGCGGCCGCCCGCAGGAGCGACACGUAGCGCCGGCGGAGGGGAGCGGGGCCGGGCCGGGCCGGGCCGGGGGGCGGCGGGCGCUGAGGGGCCGGGCUGAGCGGGCGCCGAGGGGCGCCGAGGGGUGCCGGGAUCCGCCCGCCCAUGCCCCGCUGUGAGGGGAGAGCGCGGCCGCCGCACGCAGGUGGCCCUCCUCGGGUGGGUGCCGAGCCCGGCCCCGCCGGGAGGCGGGUGGGCAACGGCGGGGGGAAGACGGGGGCGAGGCCGCGGCUCUCCUGGGCGUACCGGGGCGGGCAGCUCCGGGCGUGGGGUUCGGCGGCGGCGGCAGGGCAGGGUGAGCCCCGCAGCCGCGCCAGCCCCCCGGCUCAGGCGCAGCCCGGGGGUGGGGGGUGCUCUGCCGGGCGGCCAGGCGAGGGGCCGCGGAGGGCCCGGCCGCCCCGGGGGCAGGGCAGGGGGGCCUCGGAAGGUCCCCCGGGGAGCGGGGCUCUGGGGCGGGGGCGCGGCCCUGGCCCUGCCCGCCGCUGCCGGGAGCGUGCCCUGGUGCUUGCGCUCCCCGAGGCAGGAGGACACCGUCUCGGUUAAAGGAAACUGGCUUACUGUUGCCCCCACCUGGAAGAUAAUUGGAGAGAUUCACUGUGGUUAGAAGCAGGACAGGACCACGGUGUGAAACGCUUUUUGUUUCCUCUCUAUAAGUACUUACGGAAGAAGCUGUAACAGAAAUGUGUUAUCUUAAAAGAGACUGAGCCAAAGUUUCCCUACAAUGUAUUGAGUACGGUUUUGUUAUACUUUUAUUAGAAGGCCAUGGAGCCCUCUGUUGUUUGCUUAAAAUAAGCUUUAUUAUUUAAUUCUUUGAAAUUCUCAUUUAAUGUGGGAGACUGAAACACCACAUUGCACACUUAAUUUAUGGAAGAUUAUUUAAUUAACGGAGCUCUAAAAUAGAGCUAAGGGACUCCUGUGGUACAGAGUAAUGUUCACUGGGCGUUGAUUUCAAUUUUUACAUGGUGAGAGAAGCCCACAUUACAAUAUGGACUUUCAGCAUCACUGUAAAAGUGGAAUGCGGUAGCAUCAUUUGUGUAUUGAACAUUUACCUUCGGUCAAGGUAACUGCGAUAAGACGGUGGUUUUCCCUUUUGGUAAGUUUCUCUUCUGUGUUAGAGUUUCUCUAAAGGCCAGAAGAAAAGGUUUUUGUUCUGUGAGGUUGGAACAUCAAAGAUGUAUUUGAAAUGUGAUGAGAUGCUCAUAAUAUGAAAUGGAAAAGCAUCACCAUGCAGCUGGUUUUGUAGUAUAUUAAGGAGAGAGCUCCAUAUAGAUAUUAUUCUAUGUUGCAGGAUAAUUCAUUUGGUGCCUGAAUUUUUUUAACUUAAUUAGUUGUUACAAUCUAUUCUAUUGGGAAUAAGAUUAUGCUGCUUAUUCCGUGUUUCUACACAGUACUGUAAUGGAAUGAGGUAAUUAUUUUCGUGCUUAACAAUUUGAGAAUUUUAAAAGUGAUCUUUUAGUAUGUGUAUUUUGCAAGCUGUGUGCAUGAUAUUCCAACAAGUAUCCUCUUAAUAGACCUUUACUUGACCACUUCUAUUUAUCACAAGUGCAAAGGAAUUUACUCUGUAGAAAUGUAAAGACAGCAGGUGAAGAUGUGUGAUGUGUUUUAUGGCUGCACAAGUGAUGUAUACUGUGCAUUGUCUUGAUUAUCACAAACCUGUGAAAAGUAACCCCUUGACACCCAAAACGCCCCACAAACCCAGGCAGUAUUUAUACACACUCUCUUAUGAUGGACACAGUUUGUGGAAACAGUAUAUGAUUUUUGUGUCACUUAUGUCUCUUUAAAAAGAUCCGCACCAGCCUUUUAAAGUCGUAUAUCAUAACAUAAAGGCCCUGAGGAGUUAAAAUUACUGGGAUCAACUGUGGCUCUGACCAUGGUCUGUUUAUUUAGACCAGUGUUUUCAAACUUGGAGUUGCUCAUUAGCUGUGUAAAAGGUGUAUGCCUACUAAAAUCAGGUGUGACUCUUAGCCCCUGUUGACUUCAGCAGUAGUUGUGGAUGUUCUGCACCAAAGAAAAUCACGAGACUUUUGUUGAAGCAUCUAAAUGAGAAUUUAGAUGGUUGACUUCAGGUACAAACAUUGGAAAAUUUUGGCCUUAACCUCUCUGUUCUUCAGUCAAUGCAUCUGUAAAGUUUGAUAAUAGUGUUGACCUACCUCACAAGCAAGAUGUGAGGCUUUAUUUAUUAAAGUUUUUAAGUAAUUGGAGAUCCUUGAAGAGGAGGUGCUGUAGAAGUAAAAGUAUUACAAGUUAUACUGUAGUAAGAAUAAAUAUAUGUAAAUUAAUGGACAUAAACAGCAGCAAUGUUUUCUAAGAAAAAUAAAUAUAUAAAAUAUGUACAUGUGUACAUCAUAUGCACCAAUAUAUGAUUUACCUGUUUGUGCUUCUACUGCAAAUGCAGCAUGCGUAUCAGCAUUUCUGUCCAACCAGGUAAGCUCCGGUACCUCGCAGUUCAGAUGAGCCCACCCAGCAGUCACUGCUGUAAGUCCAUCUCGCGUAGACAUGCCAACGCCAGCCCCGAGUGCUCGUGACACUCAGCUGGAGCUCACCACGUAGCCUGUACUUUGCAUUACUCCUGCGAGCUUUCCGGCUGCGGUGGGCUGCCUGGGUAUCGCAGAUGUGCUGCCAGCGCUCUCUGGGUGAGCUAGCUAGCUCGCACCAGCUUGGGUAUGUUUACAGGAGCUGCAGUCGCAACAGAAGCCAUUACGUAGCUAUGCCCUGAAAUACUGGUUACAGUAAGAAAUGUGUACUCCAUCUUCUUUUCUUUCUACAUCAUAGUUUUAUUCUUGCCUUUUCUCUGUAAACAGUAUUUGCCAUUUUGACUAAACCAAUGGUUUCAACUGGGAUCCGUGGACUACUUGUAAAGGAUCUGCAAAAGGUAAGUAAGAAAAGCAAAUCGAUGAUCAGAAGCUUAAAUUUGUUUUGUGAGGGUCAACUUUAAAAUGUGUAGAGGUUGGUACGUUACAAAAAGUUGAAGAUCACGGGCCUAAACAGGAUUUUCAGGCUUAUUCACAAUUGAACACUCAUAUUACAUAUCAAGUUCCUACCCAUAUAUUUGAAAAUAUUUCAAAGCCAAAUUCAAAUAGACAGUCUGACCAUAUGCCAAAUCCUCUCUGCUUAUGCAAAUUUUGGGAAACUCCACUGGUUUCAGGAGCAUUAGUCUGGAUCCACAUCACAGUACCAGUCAGAAAAAAUCAUGCAUUGUAUACAUCUCUGGCUACUGCAGAAUCCAAGUAUUAUAUUUGUAUUUUGGGUUCCUUUGAGUGUACAGAUUGCUUGUCCAAAGCCAAACUCUGCUCAAGUUUCAGUAAAAAAAAAGUAAAAAACAAAAAGAGAAAAUCUGUGUGGCUGGUGGUGUUUUAUUAUUUUAACUGUUUCAGUCAUAACACUUGUGUUUUCUAGUUGUUUAAAAGCACACAGAGAUAGGCAGCUGAAAGGGUAUGCGUCAGUUACACUAUCCACACAUCUUACAGAAAAAAAAAUGGUGCUUUG